GUAGGCUGUAAACAUUAUGCCUAAUUAUAUUGAUAUAGUUUUUUUUUGUCUUGAAAAGAGCACAAUGCUUCACUGCCUAAAUGAAAGAAACCAUAUCUACUAUAACAUUGUAAUGGUAAAUGGCAAUUCAAAUAUGAAAAUAAAACUUUAAUGUUGAUUCAUGAAUCAUAUAUAUCUUUCCAUUUUAAUUCUAUGGUAUUUGAUUUUGUUAUUAGGUACUAUACAUUCCUUAACAUUCUCUUUCUCUCCCAUUUUCGUAUCUUCUUGAUAUAUUUUCAUAUAAUAACUAUGUAUAAUUGGUAAUAAUAAAUAUUGAUUGAUAACAAAUUAAGACAUUUUUUCUUACUUAUAAUUGACUAUAUAUUUUCCUCCAAUCUCUUUUUUUUUCUCCUAAAAUAUUUAAGACGUAAUCUUGGUACUUCUACCUUUUCUAGCUCUUACUCAACUUAACCUUUGCUUCUUCACGUGCUCUGCUUUUUAAUGCUUUAUUUCUUGCCCUAUAUAUCUAUAUAGUCCACCACCCCAAUAUACACACAUAUAUAUAUAUAUAACUAUAUAUAUAUUACACAUCUCUUUCUAUAUUUAUUUUCUUUUUUUCAAUCAGACAAUCAAAAACAGGAAACAGAAGAAGAAAGAAACAAAGUGUACAUAUAUAUAUUUUCUUGAAAGAUAUGAACAAGUCAACUUUUAAAUCUAGAAGAAUGGAUAUUCAUAAUAAUAAUUAUAACAAUAAACGAUAUAGACCAUUUUAUUAUUAUGUUAUCAUUUUGGCUGCGGUGAUUUCUUCCCUUCUUCUAGUUUGGAAUGCAAAAUCUGCCUCUGAUUGUAAAUUGAGUCUUUUAGAGUUGAAUAAUCUCAAUGCUACAAUUACAAGUUAUCACAAUUCUUCUCAGGUUUACAAUCUUAAACAGAACCUUUCAGAGUGCAAUCUCAAUGCUACAACAAUUCCCAAUUCUUAUGAGAAAAGAAAUGAAGUUGAUUUGCCUAGAGGAAUAGUCAGCAAGACUUCUGACUUGCAAAUGCAACCAUUGUGGGGUCCAAGAAUUAAAAAGAACCCCAAAGUGCAAAAAAACUUGCUGGCAAUGGCUGUGGGGAUUAAAUUAAAGAAAAAUGUUAAUACAAUUGUGAAUAAGUUUUUGAAGAGUAAUUUUGUUGUGAUGCUAUUUCAUUAUGAUGGAAAUGUAAAUCAAUGGAGAAACUUUGAAUGGUGUGAUCAAGCUAUACAUGUCUCUGCUUUACAUCAAACUAAAUGGUGGUUUGCAAAACGUUUCAUGCAUCCAGACAUUCUUUCAGACUAUGCUUAUAUAUUUCUUUGGGAUGAAGAUCUUGGAGUUAAACAUUUCAAUGUUAAAAGAUAUUUGUCAAUAGUUAGAGAAGAAGGAUUGGAAAUAUCACAACCAGCCCUUGAUCCUACAAAAUCUACUGAAAUUCAUCAUCAAAUCACAGAAAGAGUCAAGGAACAAAGAGUACACAGAAAAGUGUAUAAAACAAUUGGACAAUGGAAGUGUGACGAAAAUAGUACAAAGCCUCCAUGUACAGGGUGGGUAGAGAUGAUGGCUCCUGUUUUCACAAUUGCCUCUUGGCGUUGUGUUUGGCAUUUAAUUCAGAAUGACUUGAUUUAUGGAUGGGGAAUGGACUUUGAGCUUGGUAACUGCGCACAGGGUGAUCGAACCAAAAAGGUAGGAGUUAUAGAUUCUGAGUACUUGAUUCAUUAUGGUCUCCCUACACUAGGGGACGCAGCAGCACCACACAAGGUGGAAGCAAAAGCAAAAGCACCAUCUCCAGAACAGCAUGAUAUUCGAUAUGAGGUGAGAAAGCUCUCAUUUGCUGAAUUGGAUAUAUUCAAAAACAGAUGGAGAAAGGCAGUUGCUGAGGAUGAGGCUUGGAAUAGAGCACAUCAGGAUCCACCACAAACAUCACAUAGAAAGUAGAUAACUUUUAAGAGUACUUUUUAGAAAAACAUUGAAAUGAAAAUGACAAGCAAAAACUGCAGAUACACACAUACAAACUUGUAAUUCUUUGAUACAUUCUUUCUGGCAAUGCAAUAAUAAUUUAUAGCUAAUGAGUUUAUCA